CAAGCUGCGUAUAAAAUUCGCAAUCUCGGAUUUUUCUGCUCCAUCUGGAAAUCCAAGCAGAUGGGCUUCUCUGAGAGAUCUAAAGUUGCGAUCUUGCAGGUAUUUUCACUGCUGAUUUUGGUGGAAUUUGUUGUGGGGAGAUUUGUGGUGGAGAAGAACAGUUUGAGGGUGACGUCACCGGAGAGCUUAAAGGGUACUCACGAUAGUGCCAUUGGAAACUUUGGGGUCCCACAAUAUGGAGGAAGCAUGGCCGGCACUGUAGUUUACCCAAAGGAUAACAGUAAAGGAUGUCAAAAAUUUGAUGAUUUUGGGAUUUCUUUUAAGGCUAAGCCUGGGGCUAUGCCGAACUUUGUUCUUGUUGAUCGUGGAGAUUGUUUUUUCGCGCUCAAAGUGUGGAAUGCCCAGAAUGCAGGAGCUGCAGCUGUCCUAGUGGCAGACAACAUGGACGAGCCCUUAAUCACAAUGGACUCCCCAGAAGAAGGCAGCUCGUCCGCCACAUAUAUCACCAACAUAACAAUCCCAUCUGCACUAAUCGACAAAACCUUCGCCACCCAACUGAAAACGGCCCUCAACAGCGGUGACCCAGUGAGCGUAAGUCUCGACUGGCGUGAAGCCGUGCCCCACCCAGACGAUCGAGUCGAGUACGAGCUCUGGACCAACAGCAAUGACGAGUGUGGGCUCAAGUGCAAUAUGUUAAUGGAGUUUGUGAAGGAGUUCAAAGGCCCGGCCCAGAUUCUUGAGAAGGGAGGGUACACGCAGUUUACGCCGCAUUAUAUUACCUGGUUUUGUCCUCAGGCUUUUACGGUGAGCAGGCAGUGCAAGUCUCAGUGUAUAAACCAUGGGAGGUACUGUGCGCCGGACCCUGAGCAGGAUUUCAGCUCGGGAUAUGAUGGGAAGGAUGUGGUGAUGGAGAAUUUGAGGCAGCUGUGUGUUUUUAGGGCGGCGAAUGAUACGGGGAGGCCGUGGGUUUGGUGGGAUUACGUGACCGAUUUUCAGAUUAGGUGCCCUAUGAAGGAGAAGAAGUAUAACAAGGAGUGUGCCGAGAAGCUUGAUCUAAAAAAAAUUGAAAAAUGCAUUGGUGAUCCUGAAGCUGAUUCAGAGAACCCUGUGCUGAAAGAAGAACAGGAUGCUCAAGUUGGCAAAGGAUCGCGUGGUGAUGUAACCAUAUUGCCUACCCUGGUUGUUAAUAAUCGACAGUAUCGAGGGAAAUUGGAAAAAGGUGCAGUUUUAAAAGCCUUAUGUGCUGGUUUUGAGGAAACUACAGAACCGGCUGUUUGUUUAAGUGAUGACGUGGAGACAAAUGAGUGCUUGGAUAAUAAUGGUGGCUGCUGGCAUGACAAGGCUGCAAAUAUUACAGCAUGCAAGGACACAUUCAGAGGAAGAGUGUGUGAGUGCCCUCUAGUCAAUGGUGUGCAGUUUAAGGGAGACGGCUAUACUUCCUGUGUUGCAAGUGGACCUGGGAGAUGCAAAAUCAGUAACGGAGGCUGUUGGCACGAGAGCAAAAAUGGAGUCACUUACACUGCCUAUAUCGACGAAUGUAGUGAGAAAAAAGCCUGCCAAUGCCCCGAGUGCAGCUGCAAGAAUACAUGGGGCAGUUAUGAAUGCACGUGUAGUGGAGACCUUUUGUACAUUAAAGACCAUGACACCUGCAUCAGUAAAAGGGCUAGCGAGGUCAAGUCUGCAUGGACAGCUGUUUGGGUCAUAUUUAUUGGACUAGCUGUGGCUGCAGGUGGGGCAUAUCUUGUGUACAGAUAUCGGCUGAGGUCGUACAUGGAUUCAGAGAUACGAGCCAUAAUGGCGCAAUACAUGCCUCUGGACAGCCAAAAUGAAGUUCCAAAUCACACAAAUGAUGAACGUGCUUGA